AUGUGCUCGAAUAAACGAAAAUCAUAUCCGCCAACGAAAUCUAACAUUCACUCAUUUUUCGGACCGAGCACCGUAAAAAAACAUAAACAACAGCAUGAUCGAUCUUUAUUUACUUAUCCGUUUCUUGAUCCAUACCCGCCGCUUUCUUGUGCCCUUCAAACCAAUACAAAAGAACGACGACUCAUUAAUGAUAAACUCGAUUUAGAUCUCAUCUAUAUCACGUCAUUCAUACCAUCACCGUGUGACAUGUCUUUAUAUUCAUAUCUUCUCAAUACUUUGCCAUGGUACCGUGUUGAAUACUCCAAACAGAUAGAUCGAGUGGUAAAUAUAAUCACACCACGAUAUACAACGGUAUUCGGAAUUGAUGACCCUCAACAAUCGAGAGAGAAAUAUACUCGUCCACCCCGACCGAUACCAUCAGUACUUGAACAGUUGAAACAACGUGUUGAAGAAGCGACGAGUGCAAAAUAUAAUUUCAUUUUAGUCAACUUCUAUGCGAAUGGACAAGAUUCUAUCGCAUUUCAUAGCGAUGAUGAACAUUGGCUGGGUGAACAACCAUGCAUCGGAUCAUUAUCACUCGGAGCUGAACGAGAUUUUCAUAUGAAGAAUAAAGCGAAUGAAAAUCUGAAACAAAAUUUUGCUCUCAAUUCCGGUGAUUUGAUUGUCAUGCGCGGUCCAACACAACAUGCAUGGUUACAUUCGGUACCAAAACGCACAUCACAAUUGUCGGGAAGGAUUAACAUUACAUUUCGUCGUUCUUUCACCCCCGAAGGAACAAAUAAUUAUUACAAAUAUAAUGUUGGUGAUGGUCCCAUGUAUCGCUAUAUUAAUGGAAAAAUGAUCAAAUACGAUAGUGAUUAG